CAAAGCAAAGCAAAAGCAAAUCAAAAAGCAAAACCAAUUCAAUCGAAGCAAAGCGAAGCGAAGCGAAAAAAACAAAACUCUGGCCCAAACAGUCGAAGUCAGAAAGUCUUAAAGAUAGUUUAUCAAGUGCUCGCAGUAAUAGAUUCAAUUCAAUUUCGAUUUCAAUUUCAAUUAUCUGGCGAAACGGCGCCAACUAAGCCAAGUUAAUUAAAUCGAGUAAAUUUUGUUGUCGCGCUUUCAUUUUCAUUUUGGUUAAACGAUCGCGCGCAGUGAAAAAUACAGAGUUUCGCCUACAAAAGAAAUGCUAAACAAUUGCCGUUAAGUGAAAUUGUCAUUGCUAGUUUCGAACAGUAUAACAGAUUUAUAGCGGUGUCUUGCGGCAUUUGUGCUAUUGUGAACGGCUCGAUACGAAAUAUCGAACAUCGAAGCGAAUUUUUAUGGUCAAGUGCCUGCGUCUCUGGCCAUUGUGCAACUCCCAGCCACUUAACCUUAACAAUCAUUAUUUGGCAAUAAAAACAUUUGGCACAAUCAUUUCAUUCAAGUGGGCCCAAGUACGUCUCGAAUAGCCCACAAAAUAUAGACAAAAUCCCAAUCGCACUUUUACCCCGCCAACGAAAGCAAACCAACUGGACUCAGCGAACCCACGCGGCGCUAAACUCGAGUAGCAGUACCCAAACACAGAAGCACAUAAAGCAGAAGAAGAAGAAGAGAACGGCGAAGAAAGAGACACAGACGAAGAAAUAGUGCAAAAUGGUCGAGAAGACAGACAUGUCGAAAUUCGUUGGCGUUGCCGACAUCACGGAGAACAAGAAAAUCUGGCGCAUGCUGCUCGGCGAGCUGGUGGGCACAUUUUUGCUGGUAUUCAUUGGCGUUGGCAGCACGGCGACCGGAAGUGCGACAGUGCCGCAGAUAGCGUUCACCUUUGGCUUGACGGUGGCCACUCUCGCCCAGGGACUAGGUCACAUCAGCGGCUGUCACAUCAAUCCGGCCGUCACCAUCGGCUUCUUGAUUGUCGGCGAGAUGAGCAUCCUCAAGGCGGCCUUCUACAUAAUCGUGCAAUGUGUGGGCGCCAUUGCUGGAGCAGCUGUUAUCCGGGCAGCUCUCAGUGGAAUGUUAACGGUCGGACUUGGUGUUUCCUCAUUUAAUGCCUCGUUGGAUGUGGGUCAAGUCGUGCUGAUCGAGGCGUUGAUCACAUUCAUUCUGGUCUUUGUAGUCAAGGCUGUGUCCGAUCCGGGUCGCCAAGACAUCAAGGGAUCAGCCCCACUGGCCGUCGGCCUGUCCAUUGCAGCGGGACAUUUGUGUGCGAUUAAGCUUAGCGGUGCCAGCAUGAAUCCCGCUCGCUCCUUCGGGCCAGCCGUCGUCCAAGGCAUGUGGACCGAUCACUGGGUCUACUGGGUGGGUCCAAUAGUGGGCGGAAUUAUUGCCGCUGUCAUCUACAAGUUCAUCUUCAAGGUGCGCAAGGGCGACGAUGAGGCCAACUCUUACGACUUCUAAGAUCUUUCUCUCACUCCUUCCUUGUCUCUCUCUCUAUCUCUCACUCUUUUUCUCCCUAUCCAAUCAUCAUUUGCCCCUUGUUCCCACCGGAACACAUUCACAUUCCUGUUGUUAAAUUGAACAUGUGUGUUGCCCAUGCACAUUUGGCUUUGUCCUUUUAGAUUCCAUCGAAUUCUUUUCUACUUAGAUAAGCUCAACGAGAGCCUCACAAUACAAAUUGCUUUGUUUUUAUUUGUUAAAAAAUAAAAAUCGCUUUGUUUUAGUCGUACUAACACUUAAAAUAUAUUGAAUAUUCUAUGUUUAGAGCUUAAGAUAAGUAAAAUUCCCAUUAUUUGGCUUUAGCUACGCACAUGCAGCACAGAUUCGAACCUCGAAAUGCGAUUUGCUAUGCCCUCAUCACCGAAUUAUUUGUUACAAAUUGUUAUUGUGUCUAAGUAAACAAUUAUCGAGCACAAAUAAACAUAUUCCAUAAAUUACGAAUUAUAUGUGUAAUAAAAUAUAUUAAAAUCCAAA